AUCAUAUAUGGUGCAGCAGUUUCACGGGGAGAGUUACCUUGGCAGGUCUACAUGUUGUGCUCGUUCACCUCAUGUGGAGCUGUUCUGAUUAAAGAUCAGUGGAUCAUGACUGCAGCACAUUGCUUCAAAAAUUUCACAGAAACUCGGACAAAACUUCAUGAAUGCACCAUUCAUCUCGGCUCCAUUUAUAAAUUCGACGAAAACUGGGAAAGAAUGAAAAUUGAUAAAGUUUUUCUUCAUGAAAAGCUUCCUGGCAAUCAUCUAGCAAACGAUAUCGCACUGGUAAAACUUAAAAGAAAAGUACGAUUCACUCACUACAUUCAGCCCAUCUGCCUUCCUCGCGCUUCCGCCUCCACUGUUCUUCACAGCGUUUGCAUCAGCAGUGGCUUUGGAUACACUUUAAAAUAA